UUUGCGUUCAAAUCCUGCAACAAAUGCUUCACCACUUGAGUCGCGCGAAACAACUCGAAAGUUCGUUAGAAGAUCCGCUCUCUCGUCGCGCGCAACAACUUUACGAACGAAACGAACUAAAGCUCGUGAAGACAAUCGCGAUGUCCGUCACGUCACUCCUGCUCUCAUUGGCCGCCAUCUGGACGGCAGUCGCGGAGCGCGCGCUCCUUCUGGCGCUCUCUUCCGCGCUCUCUCUCCUAUUGGUCGUAUUGGCGCUCGUUUUGAACGCACUUCCGGUUCCUCUGGUCGUCGCUCUCGCUCUCAAUUCGGGCGCUUCUCUCGCUCUGAGUCUCGCUCUGAGACGCCAACAGACGUCGGCUUCGCUUCGCUUCGAACCGGAAGUCGUUUUCAAACGAAACAUUUAA